UGUUCUCCUUUAUACAGGUGUGUGUUCUCCUAUUUACAGGUGUGUGUUCUCCUUUAUACAGGUGUGUGUUCUCCUAUUUACAGGUGUGUGUUCUCCUUUAUACAGGUGUGUGUUCUCCUAUUUAAAUGUGUGUGUUCUCCUUUAUACAGGUGUGUGUUCUCCUAUUUACAGGUGUGUGUUCUCCUUUUUACAGGUGUGUGUUCUCCUAUUUACAAGUGUGUGUUCUCCUUUAUACAGGUGUGUGUUCUCCUACAUACAGGUGUGUGUUCUCCUAUUUACAGGUGUGUGUUCUCCUAUAUACAGGUGUGUGUUCUCCUAUUUACAGGUGUGUGUUCUCCUAUAUACAGGUGUGUGUUCUCCUACAUACAGGUGUGUGUUCUCCUUUUUACAGGUGUGUGUUCUCCUAUUUACAGGUGUGUGUUCUCCUAUUUACAGGUGUGUGUUCUCCUUUAUACAGGUGUGUGUUCUCCUAUUUAAAGGUGUGUGUUCUCCUUUAUACAGGUGUGUGUUCUCCUAUUUACAGGUGUGUGUUCUCCUAUUUACAGGUGUGUGUUCUCCUAUUUACAGGUGUGUGUUCUCCUUUAUACAGGUGUGUGUUCUCCUUUAUACAGGUGUGUGUUCUCCUUUAUACAGGUGUGUGUUCUCCUAUUUACAGGUGUGUGUUCUCCUUUAUACAGGUGUGUGUUCUCCUUUAUACAGGUGUGUGUUCUCCUAUUUACAGGUGUGUGUUCUCCUUUAUACAGGUGUGUGUUCUCCUAUUUACAGGUGUGUGUUCUCCUAUUUACAGGUGUGUGUUCUCCUUUAUACAGGUGUGUGUUCUCCUAUUUACAGGUGUGUGUUCUCCUAUUUACAGGUGUGUGUUCUCCUAUAUACAGGUGUGUGUUCUCCUAUUUACAGGUGUGUGUUCUCCUAUAUACAGGUGUGUGUUCUCCUUUAUACAGGUGUGUGUUCUCCUAUUUACAGGUGUGUGUUCUCCUUUAUACAGGUGUGUGUUCUCCUAUUUACAGGUGUGUGUUCUCCUUUAUACAGGUGUGUGUUCUCCUUUAUACAGGUGUGUGUUCUCCUAUUUACAGGUGUGUGUUCUCCUAUUUACAGGUGUGUGUUCUCCUAUUUACAGGUGUGUGUUCUCCUAUUUACAGGUGUGUGUUCUCCUUUAUACAGGUGUGUGUUCUCCUAUAUACAGGUGUGUGUUCUCCUAUUUACAGGUGUGUGUUCUCCUACAUACAGGUGUGUGUUCUCCUAUUUACAGGUGUGUGUUCUCCUAUAUACAGGUGUGUGUUCUCCUAUUUACAGGUGUGUGUUCUCCUAUAUACAGGUGUGUGUUCUCCUAUUUACAGGUGUGUGUUCUCCUAUUUACAGGUGUGUGUUCUCCUAUAUACAGGUGUGUGUUCUCCUUUAUACAGGUGUGUGUUGUCCUUUAUACAGGUGUGUGUUCUCUUUUAUACAGGUGUGUGUUCUCCUAUUUACAGGUGUGUGUUCUCCUAUAUACAGGUGUGUGUUCUCCUUUAUACAGGUGUGUGUUCUCCUAUUUACAGGUGUGUGUUCUCCUUUAUACAGGUGUGUGUUCUCCUAUUUACAGGUGUGUGUUCUCCUUUAUACAGGUGUGUGUUCUCCUAUUUACAGGUGUGUGUUCUCCUUUAUACAGGUGUGUGUUCUCCUAUUUACAGGUGUGUGUUCUCUUUUAUACAGGUGUGUGUUCUCCUAUUUACAGGUGUGUGUUCUCCUAUAUACAGGUGUGUGUUCUCCUUUAUACAGGUGUGUGUUCUCCUUUAUACAGGUGUGUGUUCUCCUAUUUACAGGUGUGUGUUCUCCUUUAUACAGGUGUGUGUUCUCCUUUAUACAGGUGUGUGUUCUCCUAUUUACAGGUGUGUGUUCUCUUUUAUACAGGUGUGUGUUCUCCUUUUUACAGGUGUGUGUUCUCCUAUUUACAGGUGUGUGUUCUCCUAUUUACAGGUGUGUGUUCUCCUAUUUAAAGGUGUGUGUUCUCCUUUUUACAGGUGUGUGUUCUCCUAUUUACAGGUGUGUGUUCUCCUAUUUAAAGGUGUGUGUUCUCCUUUUUACAGGUGUGUGUUCUCCU